AACAAUCAAGUCGCAUAGAAAAACAUCGAAAUGGAAAUCCACUUCUGUGAGCUUCCCCUAGACCGUGUGCUUAUGAUUCCAGCAAACCUGAGUUGAAGGCACUCUCCGCGACAGGCUGCAGCGUUCACCAAGUCGGGAAGAUUGCAGGGGAAUCUGAGCUCAUUGUAGUAUUGGAAUUUCAGCAUCAAGGAGCUUGUUACUCAAUGUAAGGUGAGCGAGCAUUUCAGCCUAUUUAUCUGUAUGCACGCUAAUUUUUACGUUUAGCGAUUUUGGAUCCUCAGCAUAUUGAAAUAGUGUUUCAGCAGCCAUUCCCAAACCCUUAGAAAAUAGGCCUUUAGAAGUUAUACCUAUCAGCUUUUAAGAAUUCAGGAAGUAAAGUUGGAUAAUGUCGCAGUUGAUUUUGAUUGAAAGUUGCCAGAGGAGUUCAUUUAUUUUGUCCCCAGAUUCUUCAUCCAUUCGGUGAGUCUAAAACCUAUACCCCAACAAAAUAAGAAUUUGGUGGUCACAUACAUUUGCCUCUUGAAAUCUCACGAGGGAAAGUUGGAAUCAGUCACAGUGAAAUUUUGGUUGAAAGGUCUAUUGAUAUUAUACCCGGUGGGGAGAAGUUACUGUAUGUUCAUGGAAAAGUGAUGGAAGGGAUGCUGGAUUAGGAAGUAUCCGUCUGCGAUUACGCCCAUAACGAAGUCUGUUCUGAGAUGUCUAUUUAAUUUAGAAGGCUGUUUGCUAUUUCCGAAAAAUAAAAGUUAGCGAACAUGUCGGCAAAAUGGAGAGCACUUCAACGUCGGCACCAAUGGACUUAUGACUCGGUGAUUCUGCCACCCGCAUAUAUUGAAUCUUUGCAUUCUCUUUCUCCUCCAAUUGCCAAGCUAAAGUUUAUUGACGAGUUAUGCAAAUUAUCAGCACUUACUUCAAUUCAUUCUCAAGUUACAGAAUUUAAAAAAGUUGUAGCUGCCUUUUCAGAACUUGUGGUCAAGUCUAACACAGAUGAGUAUCUUCGUGCUGCGAUGCCAUUGUAUCUUGAGAUAUUAUUUGUGGAAAACUCUUUGCCAUUGCAUCGGAGUCUCCUUUCAGCUUUUUCUCAGAACUUCCCAAUCAACCACCAGUCUCUUGUCAAAGACUGUUUUGAACAUCUGUGUAAAGAAUAUGGAUUAACGGGAAAAAAAUGUCGUAGGUUUGGGUUGGCACGUGUAGCAACAUCCAUUCUUAGCCUGCCUAAAUCUGGAUUUUUCAAAGAAGUAACGGAACGAUGCUCAACUAUAAUCUCCCUUCAUUUGUGCAAUGGAUUGCAGUCUGUACUAAAAGAGGCUAAUGAGGGAGUUUAUCCUUCUCCUGCUACCAUGGAACAAUGUCAAGAUGGCAUGUCUUCUGUCUAUUAUUUGCUUCAACAGUUUCCACACAAAUUUGCUCCACAAGUUAUCCAUGACGAUUGUAUUUCAUUUUCAAAUUCUCAUCAUGAAGGCCAAACUAUUUAUGAGAUAGUUGUAAGCACCAUUUUGGAUGUUUUAAAGUCCUCUGUGUUUUCCAGGGACUGCAUGCUGGCUGCAGGGGUCAGUUUUUGUGCUGCUGGUCAAAUAAUUUCUGAGCCACAACUUGCACUUUUGGUUUCCAAUGCAAUUUUUGAGCAACUGGACAUUAAAUUUGCUGUUGUUACAUCUGAUUUAGGUAUAAUUGAAACUUGUGAUGGAGGGUGUUUAGAGGCUGUGGUUAUGAAACUGUACAAUAGAAAUUUGGCUUCACAGGUGAAGCUUUUUACCGACUUUGGUAGACUAUGUUUAUUAAGGGGAAUGCUAACUGCUAUUCCGAGGUCUGUUCUGAACACAAAUCUUCUUUUGUUUGAAAAAGACACAAUUAAGGGCAGCAAUACAGAGGACCAGAGAGUUUGGAGUCUUUGGACUAUCCUGUUUGAUGGCAUACUGCCUUUCUUGUGCAAUCUCUGUGAAAGCUCUGUGGACAGUCACUUUAAUUUCCAUGCAGUAACUGCAUUGCAGAUUUGUUUACAACAGGUAAAAGCUUCUUUUUUAAGUCAUCUUCCCACCAUUGCAAAAGGGGAACUAGAUAAUGCAUUGAAACUGCACAGUAUUUCUGUCAAACCUUACAAUCCUUUUACAGAAGUUAUGGUUUAUCGUAUACUAAAAAUAAUAUGGAAUAACUGGGAAGAUCCUCUCAAUCAGACUGUGAAACAGGCACAGGUUGUUUUUGAGUUACUGAUAGAUGUACAACUCCAUCUCACCAAGAAUUUGAAGAAAAAAUCAGUGGAAAUUAAUGCAAAAGCUGAAUUAAAAGAAGGAAAUGAUGUGUCAAGAGAAUUUUUACACAGAAUUACAUCUGAACUAUUAUUGGUUGGUGGGCAUCGCAAGGGGAGGUAUAUGCCCCUUUCAAUCCUGACUCAGCGGUUAGGUGCCACCAAUCUCCUAAACAUGAGCCCAAAUUUGCUUUUUGAGACUGUUCAAGCCUAUGUAGAUGAUGAUGUCUGCUGUUCUGCAACUUCAUUCUUGAAAUGCUUCCUUGAGCGCCUGCGAGAAGACUGUUGGAGUUCUGAGAGUGAGAUUGAAGAGGGAUAUAGAGCCUUUAGGCGCCUAUGGAUACCUCCUAUUAUUUCUGGGUUAGUUUCUGGAUCGGUCAGGCUCCGGUCUAAUCUGAACACCUAUGCUCUGCCAGUUGCACUGCAGAUAGAUGUUGAUGGGAUUUUUCCUAUGCUUGGUUUUAUUUUCAAUAGUGAAACUGUUACGAAUGACAUACUUAGCUGGCAUGAACUGGACGGUGCAGUUGGUCUUCCAGGAGCUUUAACCAUUAACCAGAAUGUGGCUGCAAGUAUCUCUUUGUUGAAGGUAGCUCGUUUACUUGCUUUGGUUGAAGGUGAUAUUGACUGGUACCACCAUCCUUCAGAACUUGCAGACAAUAAUAAUGGUCUUGCACAGGAAAGCUUGGGCAGCUUGGCUGUGGUUCAUAUAAAAGGAUUGGAGGUUCAUGUGCCUGUGGAGUGGCUAAAGCUUGCAUUGACACACAUUGAUGAGUCCCUUCGUAUAGAUGCUGCAGAAUUGCUGUUUUUAAAUCCCAAGACAUCGAGUUUGGUCUCCACAUUAGAACUGAAUCUAAUGCGAAUUGCAAUUCCUUUAAAUAUGCGCUGCUCUUCUACAGGUUUUCGAAUGAAGUGGACCAGCCUUUUUAAAAAGUAUUUUUCACGUGUACGAACUGCUAUUGAAAGGAAGAUGAAACAAGCUGCACACCAAACACAUGUAAGUUCUAGCUGUUGUGAAUCCCAUAAGGGUCAAGGAAUAGGCUGUUCAUUGAUGACAAAUUGUAGUAAGAACGAGAAUAAGAGUAUACUGGAAUCAGGGGUGAAGGAACUUGAUCAGUUUAUGAAGUGGUUGAGUCGUCUUCUUGUUUUUUCCUUAUAUCCUUCUGCUCCCUAUGAAAGAAAGAGCAUGGCUAUGGAGCUUUUUUUGGUUAUGAUUGAUAUCUGGCAUGUUAAUCAACCUUUAAAACAAGAGAAUGGUCAUUUUGCAUUGUCAUCUUCUCAAGAGACUUGUCACUACUCUCCUUAUGAUGAAGGAUUGCUUUUAGCAGACUCCACGUUGGUAGUGGUUGGAGCAAUUGUAGAUAGUUGGGAUAAGUUGAGAGAAAAUGCAUUUCAAAUCCUUUUACAGUUCCCAACGCCUCUACCUGGUAUUUCUAAUAAAAUGGCAGUUCAUGAAAUUAUAUUGUGGGCAAAAUCUCUUGUGAGUAGUCCACGUGUUAGAGAAAGUGAUGCAGGAGCUUUGAUUCUGCGUCUCAUUUUCAAAAAGUAUGUUCUAGACCUGGGGUGGAUUGUCAAAAUAGCUGAAAACUAUGUUUCUGACUGUCAAUUGUUUGGAUGUAAUUCACACUGCAAUAGUGUUACAGAAACUAAAAAGAUCAAUUCACGUGACUAUAAUAUUGGAACCCCAGUUGGGGAAUACAUCUUGUCCUUGGUUGACUGGUUGAAUAUGGGUAUUGAAGAGGGUGAGAAGGAUCUGGUCAAAGCGUGUGAACACAGCUUCAUUCAUGGGAUAUUGCUUGCGUUGCGAUAUACUAUUGAAGAACUGGAUUGGACUUCUGCUAGUACUCAAGCAAGUGCCUCUUUGCUGCAGCUUGCCAUAGAGAAGCUGCUUGGGCUUGUGGUUCGUGUUUCAGCACUGGCACUUUGGGUAGUUUCUUCAAAUGCAUUGAGUGUGCCAGAAAACAUAGAAAGUUUAAUUGAAGAUUUACAUUCAAGAAGUCAGAGUUUGCCAGAUGAUGUAGAGGAGAAAGAAUCAGUGAAUGCAAUGCAAGAACAGGAUGCUGAAGAUAAUGAUGCUGAAGCUAUCGAGGCUGUGGGACCAGUGGAUCAGGUUGUCAUGGUUGGUUGCUGGCUUGCCAUGAAAGAGGUGAGUCUUCUGCUAGGAACUCUAACAAGGAAAGUUCCCUUACCAGGAUGUAUUUCAGGGUUUGACAGGUUUCAAGAUAGAAGAGAAACUGGAAAGCUUAUUGACAACUCUCAACAAAUUGGAAGCUUUAGCGCAACGCUUGAUGUAAAACAACUUGAAAUUAUAGGAGAGCAUUUCCUGAAGGUGCUUUUAGCUAUGAAACAUAAUGGUGCAAUUGACAAGACAAGAGCAGGGUUCACAGCUCUCUGCAAUCGCCUUCUUUGUUCAAGUGACCCAAGGUUAAAUCAGAUGCCUGAAACAUGGAUGAAACAACUUAUGGAAAGGACAAUUGCAAAGGGUCAAACUGUUGAUGACCUGUUGAGGAGGAGUGCUGGGAUUCCAGCUGCAUUUAUUGCAUUUUUUCUUUCAGAGCCAGAAGGCACGCCCAAAAAGCUUCUUCCUUCAGCAAUGAGGUGGUUGAUUGAUCUUGCAAAGUCUUUUUUGUCAAAAUCAGGUAAUCUUUGCAGAAGUUGUGUCUCAAAUUGUGAUCCACCAAGAUUGGAUGAGGAAGAUAAAUCAUGGAGUACAGAAUCUGUACCUUUGCUACCUCAGCCUGACAUAAGACAUAUGGUAGCUGAAGAAUCUCAAAACUUUUCUAAGCAGCGAGAUGAAGGUGUGGUGCCCACAGUACAUGCAUUUAAUGCACUAAAGGUUGCUUUUCAUGAUAAAAAUCUGUCCACAGAUACUUCAGGCUUCUGUGCAGAAGUUCUUAUAAUUGCAAUAUGCUCAUUUUCUUCUCAUUAUUGGGAAGUGCGAAAUAGUGCCACUCUUGCCUUUACUGCUUUGGUUCAUCGUAUGAUUGGUUUUCUAAAUGACCAUAAACAAGAAUCGGCACGUCGUGCCAUGACUGGGUUUGAAUUCUUCCACAGGUAUCCAACAUUACAUCCUUUCCUUCUAAAGGAGCUACAUAAUGCAACAAAGCAGCUAGAAGAAGGCGUCUCCCAAAAUUGGAGAUACAAUAAGCUGGGAAAAAGCUUGCAUCCAAGCUUGGUUCCUGUUUUAAUCAUUCUCUCUCGACUGAAGCCUUCCAUAAUCAGCAGUGGAACUGAAGAUUGGUUGAAUCCUUCUGUCUUCAUGCCUUAUAUCAGAAGAUGUGCAACUCAGUGCAACUUAAGAGUUCGUAUUCUUGCAUCAAAAGCUUUAGUGCCAUUAGUAUCUGGGGAGAAUUUGUUGAAUAUCUUGUUAGAUAUUGCCAGUGGAUUGCCCAAAGCAGAUAUCCAAAUGGGGCACAGGGAGCUUGGGAAUUCUGGUCCGAGGACGACUCUGAAUUUUGAUAAUGUACCCCCAUUGAACAGGCAGUCUAUUUCUUUCAAUUCCAUUCAUGGAAUACUGCUACAAAUUGAUUCUCUUCUAAGUAAUAACUGUAUGAUUAUACCAGAUGUGGUUAAGAAAGAUGAGAUUGUCAAUGCAUUGCUUCCAGCACUUGAAAGUUGCUCAGGGCUUGGCAGUAACAAGCUUUGUUCUUGUCCUAUGGUCACUGCUGUCUAUCUGCAGGUUUUAGAAGACUUGCUUAAAAUUGCAGGAACUUGUCCUGCAAGCAGUCAUAUCAAGAAAAUCCAAAGUAUGCUUAUAUAUUUUAGCUCUGAAUGUUUAGAUGUUUCUGGUGUGCUCCAAUCUGAUAUUUAUGAUUCUACAAGAAUAGAUCUUCGUCAGCAGGCAGUUGCAUUAUAUUUUAAUACGAUGAUGAUGAAGCAUCCAAUCUUAUGUGCAGAAGGUUCAGGAGCAGAUACUAGUAUGCAUAGUUUAAUUCCAAACAGUUUACCUUCUUGCUAUAACUUUGAGUCUUCAAAUUUGGCAUCCAGAUAUGAAGAUUCUUCAAGUUUCCUUGAAAGGUUAAAAGGCUGCUUAUCUGAUUCUACAUAUGAAGUCAGGCUGAUUUCAUUAAAGAUGCUUUAUCAAUUUAUCAAAUCUCUCGAGUCAAAGACUGUCAAUGAAGGAUUUGGUACAUUUGUUGAUAGUAUCCAUCAGUGGCUCCAAGCUAAUUUGCAAGCCACUUUAUUAGAGCGACUAGAAUUGGAGACAAAUCCUAAAUGUCUCCGCCACACUCUCCAAGUUCUUUUCGUCUGUUAUCAAAAUAAUCUUUGCUGGAUGGAUCAUCAAGCUGUCUUGGAUUUCUGGUCUAAGCUUGUGAAAAUUCAGGGAACUGCAAGGCAUGAAAAGAUAGAAGAAACAUUGAUCCUGUGCCUUGGAGUCUGUAUUAAGCAAGUCAGCAAAUAUGUUAAAUCUUCACUUGUGUCAGAGAUUUUACUCAGUGAAGUGAAAAACCAUGCUGAACAGUGUGAGAAGUCAGACCAGUGGAGAAAAACCUAUGAGUGCAUUUGUUCUUGGAGUGUAAUAAUGAAGAAAUACAGUGAUCCAUGUGAAUCUGUAAACAUGAGGAAUGCAACUGCAGAGGGUAUUGUAGCCUCUGGACUCCUGGAAGAGGUUAGCUGGAUAGGCUCAAGAAUAUCCAAUAAGAGACCACCUCUUCAGACAAGCUUCUCUAUGACCACUUAUGAGGAAAGUAUAGAUCAGUUAGAAAGGCUGGACUUGUUUGCCAGAACCAUUCUGGAUGCAUGGUUCACAUGUAUUAAGCUCCUGGAAGAUGAAGAUAUCAACCUGAGACAGAGGCUUGCUGUUGCAGUAGUAAGAUCUAUGAGUUCCGCACCAUGUAGCUAUAGCAAUGUGAAGAACAUUGUGCCUGCCCAAGUUGAAAGAGUGCUUGAGUUAUGCUUUGAUUUUCUGACAUUGAGCUUUACUCACUGGCCAGUAUAUUUUUAUUGUCUUGCUAAUUGGGUGCUUGGUUCAGAAGAUCAUAUCAUUGGGAUGAAAAAAAGUGGGGACAUGGUCCGCAGAUUAUUUGACAAAGAACUUGAUAACCAUCAUGAAGAAAGACUUCUGACCUCUCAGCUUUGUUGUUUGCAUUUGCAGAGGCUUCUUAAUGACCAAGUAUUGGAAUCUGACCUUCAAGGUACCAAAAUAAUUUGUCCCACUAUGGUGGAAACUACCCAUGUGAAUAGUAGAGAAGAAAUGCAUCUAUCAAUCCACAAAUGGAGGAUGAAAUAUUUGUCUAAGAUAAUAUCAUUUGUCAAGCAUUGUAUAGCCUUAGAGUGCAGUAUGAGCUGGGUGGGUGGCAUAGGUAAUCACCAGGAUGUAUUUAAGGUUAUAUAUCCCUGUCUUCUGGGACUUUAUACCUUUGCAUGUCAUCCGCAUGGGAAGGAACAUCACAAUUCAUCUCAAAAUAAUUGUCAGAGGGAAUUGCUUUGCAGCUUUACUGAACUUACUGAAUUGAUGAUUCCAUUGCUUUCAAAUCCUCUCAUUUUAAAUCUCUAUAUAAAAAUGCUUCAAGCUUAUGAGAAUCAACUGACCAUCAACCUUGGGUCAAAGGAUCUACAGGAUUUGAAGAGUGGUUCCUGGUGUCAAGAUUUUGAUCCAUACUUUCUUAUCAAAUAAAGAGAUCUCUUGGCCAUUUGAUGAACAUUUUAAUGGCAUUCACUGCAUUUACAGUCAGUCACAUUGAGAAUAUUUUUGCUUGUGGCAUAAUUGACGAAGAAAAAGUAUUUCUAUUAUUCUUAUGGUUUUCUGCUUCUAUGGCAAUGAUAAACAUGAGUGGAUAGAGUCAUUGAUCCAUGAGAUCAUAAACCCUUGAACAUAGUGGCUGGUUGAGCAACCUGUUUUAUAUGGAUGCAUACCUUGAUGUAUGUGAAAGCAAUUUUGGAACCUUAAAAAAAUAAUGUUUGGCCAUUCGUAAAGAGGAGACUGCCACCUCAAAAAGAUGAUGCAGAUUGGAGUGGACAUUUGUGCACUACAACGUUUCUGCUAAUUAUGUAAAAUAUGCCAGUGCAUUCUUUUGGUAAUGAAUGAGGGGAUAAAAGGUUUGAACUCAUCUCGCGACACCUAGAAUGCUAAAAUUUGACAGGAGCCUUUUGUAUGCAGAUCAUGUUUUCCUACUCUUAAUCAUGCAUGCAGGAAGCAAUAAUGAUGCAUCUAUUCUAUGUUUAAUUGCAUACUGUCAAAUAUUAUUAUACAAUUUUUUUUGUUUGGUGCUGGUU